AUGUCUCCUCCUCCUGGUCUUCGGCGACAGGGGGAGAAUCUUGUGUGUCGCCUCCACAAAUCUCUUUAUGGACUCAAACAGGCUUCUCGACAGUGGUUUGCCAAGUUUACUGAAGCCAUCCUUGCUGCUGGUUUUAUCCAGUCAAAAGCCGAUUAUUCUCUCUUCACCCGCAAAGAUGGCAAGUCUUUUACAGCAUUAUUAAUUUAUGUUGAUGAUAUUCUGAUUACAGGAAAUGAUAUUGAUGCCAUUAAUUCUCUCAAAAGUUUUCUACACACCCAUUUCCGUAUCAAAGACUUAGGCGAUUUGAAAUAUUUUUUGGGUAUUGAAGUCUCCAGAUCCAAGAAAGGUAUUUAUGUUUCACAAAGAAAAUAUGCACUUGAGAUACUCAAAGAUUAUGGGUUCUUAGGUGCUCGACCAAUUGACUUUCCAAUGGAGGAAGCUAAGCUUUCUGACAAAGGUGAACUACUCAAAGAUCCCCAAAAAUACAGACGAUUGGUGGGACGACUGCUUUAUCUAACUAUUACCCGACCAGACAUCACCUAUUCGGUACAUGUCCUAAGCCGUUUCAUGCACCAGCCACGAUUACCUCACAUGGAUGCUGCUCUUCAGGUUGUUCGAUAUCUGAAGUCUACUCCAGGUCAAGGUUUGCUUUUUCAGUCUGAUAACAAGUUAGAUUUAAUUACUUAUUGUGAUUCGGAUUGGGCUGGUUGUCCCAUAACCCGCCUUUCAACUACUGGAUAUUGUGUAUUCUUGGGUAAUUCAUUGAUUUCCCGGCGAACAAAGAGACAAAGGACGGUUUCAUUGUCCUCUGCAGAAGCCGAAUAUAGGGCCAUGGCAAGCACCUGUUGUGAGGUUACUUGGUUACGUUUUCUGUUGCAAGAUUUGCACUUGCCAUCUUCAGGAGCAUCUUGUAUGUAUUGUGAUAAUCAGGCGGCAUUACAUAUAGCAGCAAAUCCAGUCUUCCAUGAGAGAACACGACAUAUUGAGAUGGAUUGUCAUUUUAUUCAUGACAAAAUACUUGAUGGUACUAUUUCUACAUGGCAUGUGAAUUCUUCGCAACAACUAGCUGAUACAUUUGCGAAACCUUUGGGCAAGGAGAAGUUUUCAACUAUGUUACGCAAGUUGGGCGUUCUUGACAUUCACUCUCCAACUUGA